UUCACUACACAAAACCAAGCAAUGGCCACCGCCCUCGCCUUCGUCGCCGUCGUCCUCGCCGCCGCCGCCGCGCCGGCGGCCGUGACGGCCGCCACGCUGACCAUCCACAACCUGUGCCCGCACCCGGUGUGGCCGCUCGUCACCCCCAACGCCGGCUCCGCCUCCAUCUCCGACAACCGCGCGCGGCUCGACCCCAACGGGCUCAUGUCCGUCUCCUUCCCGGCCGCGCCGUGGGCCGGCCGCGUCGCCGCGCGCACCGGGUGCGACCCCGCCACGGCGUCGAGCUGCGAGACCGGCGAGUCCCCGCCGGCCACCGUGGCGCAGCUGAGCGUCCACGGCGGCGGCGACCUCGCCGCCUACAGCGUCAGCCUCGUCGACGGCUUCAACGUGCCGAUGGUCGUCAGCCCGCAGGCAGUCGGCGGCGGCCAGUGCCCCGUCCUCGGCUGCACCGUCGACCUCAACUGCGACUGCCCGCCCGGCCAGCGCGUCUCCGACGGCGCCGCCUGCCGCGGCCCGCCGGAGUACUUCAAGAACCGGUGCCAGCUCACCAGGACGACGCCGACCGACGUCGAGCCCGUGCCGCAGAGCUGCCGCGCCCCCGGCGAGCUGAAGGUCGUCUUCUGCCAGGCCACCAUGGCCGCCGCCGACAUGCUCAUCCGCACCGUCGUCGCCGCCGCCGACAGCUAGAAAUCUCAAUAUCGUUAAAACAUAAUCUCAAUUGCCUCUUGAUUAAUCUUAGUUUCUAAGCAUGAAUGUUAUCAAUUUGUAGCUGUGUAAUGAUCGUGUUCGUCCAGUAUUGUUGAUGUGCUACGCCAUUAGCCGGCGAGAAGAAUAAUCAGUCGAUCAGACGAUCAGCAUGCAAUUCCUCGUUCAGUUUCGAUUAACAUGGUUGUCUUUGAGUGAUUGUUAUCGUAUAUUCGUAUAUUACCACAAAUUAUUGCCUGCAAUAAACUAAUG